AGUCAAUCAAUUAACUAAAUGAAAAUGGCAUUUUAGUAGUAGACAGUUUCUAUUGACAAGUGGGCGGCAACGGUAAAUUUUUUAUGAAAUGUCUGGCUUGAUUUCGACAGAGUUACCGAAUACUGAUGCUUAAAUUUAUAUCAUUGUGUACAUGGUGAAAAUUAAUGAUCGUUUAAGUAAGAUUGAUUAUCCAAAUAGACAAAGUCUUGACGACUUUGACUCCAUUGGUAAGAGCACCCAGAUAGCUGUCUAUUGUUUAACCUCUCGUUUUCACGCAUAUGGCAACGCACAUAAACAAUAACACUUGCAUUGCAUAUUUGCAGCUUUUCACUUUUCUUUCCACGGUACGCAUGGGUGCCUUUGCCUUUGUACCUCGUGCAAUCGAUGGAGAAACAAUUCCCAGUGAAAGAGACCGCACCAUCACUUGACCUUUAUUUAAUCGUGUUUCACGCGAAAGUUUAAAACUAGCAAUUGAAUUGGAAACAAAAUAUUUCUGUCUUCUGAAGUCGGAAGAUCGAAGACGACGAGCCUGUCCCUGUUCGCCAGCGACCGCCGCGCCAGUUCGCCCGGUACGGCACGAGCACCUGUGCUGUGGCUGGAGCCUGCCCUUGAGUUGUGGCCCUGGCCCUGUCCUUCUCACUGGACCCUGAGCAUGUUUGGUAGCCGCUCAGCUCAGUCAGAAGAAAUUAGUGAUUAUCUUGUCAGCUUUUGAUCUUUCAGCUCAGAACAUUUUAAAGUUGACUUAGUAAGACUUUGCAGGAAGGUUUUAUUGGAAGAAUUGUCCAGGUCUGGGGCCAAUCACCAUGGCUCCAAUACACCUAGUUCAAACCUUUGCAUCUCAAACAAUGUUUGGGGAUAUCGAUGCGAAAAAUGUGACUUUCAUCAUCGAUACAUCAGGAAGCAUGUACCCCUACCUUCCUGCCGUCAAAGAUCACCUGAAUGAGGUCCUCUUAGCGAGGGCGCAUCGAGAGAAAGACUCCAUGUUCAAUGUGAUCGAGUUUGCAUCGUCUGUGACACCAUGGGCUGAUCGGAUGGUACGCUGCACACCACCAACGGUCAAGGUUGCUAGUGAGUGGGUCAAUAAGCUCUCUUGCUCCGAUGGCACGAACACUCUUGAUGCCCUCACAGUGGCUUUCUCCGACCCUGUCUGUGAGGCCGUCUACCUUGUCUCGGAUGGACUUCCUGACCAGCAGCCGAGGGAGAUCCAGAAACAAGUUGCACUGGUCAGCGAAGGCCGCCCGAUUCAUGCCAUCUACCUUACUGGACUGCAUAUGGAAGUAGCCGCACAGGAGUUCCUGGAGAGCCUAGCUGCUCAAACCCUUGGUACUUUCCAUGUCAUUAGCAUGACCAGACAUGGUGCCAUUGAGCGGGUCGAAGCGGUUGUGACGUCAGACCAUAGUCCCCUCAGAAUACAGAAGGCUAUGUACAGAAAGCAGCAGGAAGCAGAAAUACCUUUGACGACCCUCGACAACCCGCCCAUCGCAGAAGAAACAACCUAUUCCGUUCAAGGUGGAGUUCCAGCCACAAGCAUUAAAACAACUCUAGAUAACCCUCCACACAGUGCCACAAUAACUUAUAAAACUGAAGGUAUUGAGAAACCGGUAAAGUACUGCAGUGUGACAACGUCUCUGGACCACAAUCCUGUUCCAGAAACAGUUAUCGUCAGGGAGUCUUUGGCACCGAGAACUGUUGUUCAGAUACCUGCAGCAACUGCAUGGGAGACCGUCAGAACUGAGCCUGCGGUCAAUCGGAUUAUCUCAGUCCCACCUAUAAGCUCUGUUGAACUGUUGGAGGGGAUGAAGGUUUUAGCAAGGAGAGAGAAAGAUGGCUAUUACUGUCCUGGUACAAUCAGAGAAAGGCUAUCGGCAAUGCGCUCCUUCUUGGUGUUCUUCGACAAGGAUCCAUCAGGAGGGAAAUGCCAGCGUCUGCUGCAGGAGACUUCAAUAUAUGAUAUCAAGGCAUACAAUGAUGCCAUGCGGCACCCAGUGGUUCCUGGAGACAAGGUUUUGGCUCCUUGGGAGAAAGCAGGAUACCGCUUUGCUCCUGGUAUAGUUCUUGAUGGCAUAGAGGGACGGUCCACUGGAUGUAAUGCUGAUUCGAGUCAUCUGGUGGUAAGUUUCUUCAAUGGUAAAACUGCCAAGGUGACAAAACAAACAGCAAUUUGGAUACCCCACAGCGAAUACGAGCGACACCGAAUCGAAAUCCAAAUGCCACUAACAGCCCGGCACUACGUCGUCAACGACCCAAGCUAUGAGCGCUCCAUCAGCGGUUACACCGUACCCAGCACGCUUCAUGAUGAUGGAGCUAUGGUUGGGUUACCGGUCCUUCAGAAGGGGCGUGUCUACGUCCCCAUGGUGAUGACAGCGUCCGAGGUUCGGGACUAUGGCAGGACUGGUGGCAGUGUCCGGGAGAGCGCGGUGAAAAGCGAGGACAUGCACGCGCUGAUCCCCGGGACGGGAAUGACCCGGCAGGAACUGAACGUCAAGGUCAUGAAGCAGCUCAUGGACAACAAGAUGAUGGGGAGUGGCAUCCUUAAGGAAGGGGGCGAUGCCCACGCCAGUGCCAAGUCCCCGAAGACUUCGACCCUGCAGAAGAGUGUGUCUUUCAACGAUGACAGCUUUGGGUUGGACAGCGGGAUCAGCUCCAUCAAGACUGAACAGGAUUUGGAAGAGUUUAAAACGGAAGAGGAGAAACUGGAGAGAGAGGUGGAGGAAAUGAAGCAGAAGAUUGAAGAAUCAAAACGAGAGAUAUCUUCCUUGAUAGAUGCAGGGAUUCAGACAAUGUCUCUCAGAGACACAUCCGUGGGAACGGACUCCUCGCUGCUCUACCAUAAAGGGAUGCGACGACCGAAGUCUGCCAAGGCCGAGGUCGGCUCGAGGCCGCAGUGGAAGUAUUGGAGGCGAAUGCAGAAGCCUCGAAGCACACAUCAGGAGCUGGUUGGUCCGUUCCGAGAUACAGCGUUGGAAGCAUCUAAGGAUGCUAAGCUGCAUGCAUCUCCUCAGUCGUCGUAUGUCUUUGAAGAUAAAGAUGUCUACGCUCCCGUGAAUAAAUCCUCUAUGUUUACACCGGUUGAUGAUGACUAUUCACCGGUCCGGACCGACCGCGCCCAGGUGGAGUGGGAGAUGCGGAGGCCACGCCCCCGCACUGCCCAUGUCGGCCCCUUUCGUGAUACCGCCCUCGAGGCUCCGAUGGAAGCCAAGCUGCAGACGACGUACCAUGAAGAUCAGGGUCCCUUCAAUAGAUCAGCAGUCUUUACUCCGGUGAACCACUCCCAGGUGCGGAGUGACAGGGCUAUGAUAGAAUGGGAGAAUAAACAGCCCCGCCCCCCGCCACCCCAAGCUCAGCGACAGAAACCGGGAAGAACCGUUACUGAUGCUGUCGGAACAAGGGACCAGAUACGGGAAGCAAAAGAGAAGAGUUAUAUCGAGUUCCGACGGAUGCAGACUGUCAAAAGGGAGUAUACCUGGUAUGUGAAAGGCCAACAAGAAAAUAAAAUGAGGGAAGCCAGGGACGAACGAUGCAGACAGUACGCAGCUGAUGUGACCCGGCGCGAUGUCCAACGUCAAAUGGACAGUGAGGCAAAAAUGGAGCAGGUUCAAGCCGCGAAGAGUGCAGUUAGUGGGACUAUCGCGAAACGUCAGAAGGAGUUGGCGGUACAGAACGGCUCACGAGAGCAGAGGAGGAUCGAUGCUUUGAGGACCAGGAAUGAGAAGAGAAUGGACGUUCAGAGACAAAAAGACCAAGAUUUACGUGAUGCGAUUCGGCAUAAAGAGGAGGUUAAACUUCAACGACAGGAAGAUCGUUCCCAGCAGCACGUUGAGCGUCUGUGCGAACGCCGUGAGCAGGAGGCUGCACGAGACCUGCAGAUGCGCAACAAAGAGUUGAGCAGGAGGUCUCACUUCCGUAACAUCGAGCGACAGAACCAAGAGCGCAAGGAUAUCAGGAUCGCGAUGAAGGAGCAACGCAACGAGGAAUUCCGCUCGCAGGUUCUACCGUAAGGAAUUACCAUUGCACAAUUAAAAGUAUAAUAUUCAAUGUUUAUAUCAAGUUGGGUAGCCUGGUUGUGGAAAGAUCUAAAGCCCCAUCACACUUAUUCAGAAUCAGCAGGAAUUAAGCAGAAGCUGGAACGAAAAAAAUAUUUUAAAAAUCUAGAAAUUUUUGGGAGGAACUUAUGAAUUCACCAAACUGGAGUUGAAAUUCAGUAAAUUGACCAGGUGAAUCAUCAUACACUAGUCAAAAUGAACCGCAAUGGAGUCAGAUUGAUAAUUCGUGCUACAUUCUUGGACAUUCUAAAUAUUCUGACUGCAUUCUGAGUGCAUUCAAAAUAUUUUUGUCAUUUCUUUUGGCCGUCCCAAAGGUUUUGGUCAUGUUCAAAUUUUUUGAGGGGUAGUUUCGAACGGUGAUCAAAGUAGAUUUAAAUGACCAACUGGUGGUCGAACAAUAGUCCUUUCAUUCCGGCCAAUUCUGCUUGAUUCGGAAUAAGUGUGAUGGGGGCUUUGCUAAAUGACAAAGGCCUGCAGGCCAUCCUUUCCGAACCCACCCUAAAAACCAUUUACAAAUUUGAAUCCUGACCAACUCUGGAAACAGUUUUUCAGGUGUCAUUUUCAAUCUUGUAAAUAGCAUACAUAAAGAAAUGUAUAUUUUAGCAUAUUAACGCCGACAACUCGUUUGAGAUUAUGUGGACAUAGUUGCUGCCUUUCAUGAAAUCUACGCGAUGAAUCAAAUUUAUUUGUUUUUAUAAGGUGUGAUUGUGCCAAGAAAAUUACUUAUGUUUUGAUUAUCUUGUUUGUGUUUGAUUCAUAAUCCAGUUUACUUCAUGCCUGUUUUCAUCCAAAAUUUGAAGUAUAAAUGAAACCUUGUCUGCCAAGCACCACAUUGUGUGGAAAUCCUACAUUUUUUAAAUAUUUUUUUAUAAUACUAACAGUGGGUGUCAUACUGGGGAGUGUUUCACGAAGGACUUGUCAGACGUUAAAUCCGACUGUUGUAAAAUUGCAACAGAAUAUUUGCAAUCGAUUGCAAAUAUUUUCUUGCAACACUCCUCAAGAGAUACAAAUUGAAAUCGAUUCAAAUUUAAGUCUGAUUUUAAUGUACCACAACUCUUUCUUAGACUGGGUCCUGGUACCAUGUCAUAGAAAUUGUAAAUAAACAAUUAUCACUGUUACAGGCUGCUUAAACUGAGAUAUUUCAUUGGCUGAUACCAAAAUUGUCAUAGAAAUUUGAUGAAAGUUUUGUGAAACCAUGUCCUGGCCUUCAUAAAUUUGUGUCUGCAAGGAAUGAGGAAUCAUUAAAAGCAAACUCAGGACAUGCUAUUAUUCUAUAUUUCAGGUUGAAACGAUCACCUUGAUUUUAUAUCCCUCUUUCAUUUUCUAUACAAACUUUGAAAGUUAAGAAGGUACAUGUAUGUGUAGUUGCAGGUUCAAAAGUAUUUCUUGUACCUGGACAGUAUACAUGUGCAUCUAUGAUUCUUUCAUAUAAUUAAAAAGAAAAAGCUAAAUAUAACUACACGUAGUUGCAGGCACAAUCCAACUUCUAGUACAUGAGUGAUUGAUUCUUAUGCAUAAUAGUGUGUUUAAAGAAUUUUUUGCAUGGAUUUUAAUUAUGUCUGUACAUGUACAUUUAAAUUAGUUGGUUGUGAUGGUGAAGCCCAAACCAAUGUGUUUUGCCCAGUGGAAUUGUAGACUGUACGGUACUUUUAUAUAUACAUGUAUUUAAGACAGUGGAAUCAUAAACAUCUAAAUCCUGUUUUAUAAACAGUUACGGCUAUGGCAUCAUUGAAUAUACCAUUGGAUCCUUGAUUUUGGUUAGCUACUUAACCAUCUUACAAUGACAAAUUUACUGUAUUGUAUUCCUCAGUUUUCUGUAAUGAAGCCCCAAGUCUUUUCUAUAUGUAUACAUGAUUAUCAACUAUUUAAAAAAAGACUCUAGUAAACAGCACUCUUUUAAUUGGACAAUGUAUGUGUUAUAUUUUUAAUGAUUUUAAAAAAUUUUAUGAGUAAAGUUAUUGUAAUUAUUUUUUAUUUAUACUAGGGCAAGGCUUUUUUCUCAUUCUUAUCUAUCUUCAAGCUUUCCAAGUCUAUAAAAUUUUGUUUUUAUGUUAAUCACAGAUAUAUAAACUACACAGAGCUUUCAUAACAUUAAUUAUCAUCUUUUAAAUUUGGCAAAGACUUAUGAACUUUAAUGAUAAUUUAAUUGACAUGAAUUAGAUGUUUCAUAUUUAUUUUAGUUUCGAUGAUGAAAUAAUUUUGUGAAAUAUUUAAUGAAAUAGAGUCAUUGUAUAUACAUGUACAUAGAAUAUUUGUAUUGCAAAGCUUUAGAAUUAUGCAUAUAUAUAUAUAUAUAAUAGAAAAUAUUUUGAUUAACAUUUUAAUAGACCUAUAAACUAGUAUGUAUGUAUAGAGAACAGAGUCAUGAUAAGUACUGAUAAGAGAAAUGUUUUUAUUUCUUAUAGAUAAUAAUCAUGCUAAGAAGUAUAUAUGUAAGAAAUGUGGUAACAAAAGACAUCAUGAUCGUACUCCAUAUACUAGUAGAUUGGCAUUUGUUUGAAAAAAAAAUUGAACUAAGGAAUGGAAAAUGAAUUUGAGAUUUUUUUUGUAUUGGUCAAUGUGAUACAUGUAUUUACUAUGAUAUUUUUAGGAAGGAGAAAAGUUAAUAAGCAAGGACUCUGCUAAUAUUUGAAAUGGUCUGUGUAGAAAUGAUCAGGAGUGUGUCAAUAUUUUUUAAACAUUGACUUGGUGUUUUUGUUGUUAAUAUAAUCUAUAUUGUAAUGUAUAGAAUGGCUAUUGAAUAUCAUUGAUUAGUUAUAUGUGUUGAAAUGUGUAUAAAAAGAUAAACUGCAUAUCUAAUCUUUUAAAAGUCUAUAUAAUGUUAAUAUAAUCGUUAUUGUAAGGCAUAUUUUUUGUGAUGAGAUUAGAAUGGCUAUUGAAUAUGAUUGAUUAGUUAACAUGAAUGUACAUGUACUGAUAUGUGUUAAGAUACAUGUACAUGUAGAUACACUGCCUAUAAAGCUCUUUUUAAAAGUCUAUUGUGUCUAUAAUAUUGGUCAACUAGUAGCAUAAUCAUGUAAUGUAAAUAGUUUACUUGAGUAAACUUGAGUGUAAACAUGGACCAGAGAGUAAAUUUGUUUGAUACAGUAUGUGUUGAUAUGUGAUGUAAACAAAAAUAGGAAUUAAGAUUCAGAUAGAUAUACAUGCAUCUUGCGUUUCCUAGUAUGUUGGAUUAAAUGCUGAAUUGUGCAUUCGCUUA